AUAAACAGGUGGAACAAAAAUCUCAUUUGGCAGGUUUCGCUGAAACCAAGUUGUUACGAUAAGGCAGAGCUAGCGCCAAAACGGUAACAGUAAACAUUCGAAAAUGACUUUAUUACAACCCCCCGAGAUCUAACUGGAAAAAUAGUCUACCAGAACAUCUACUGGGGACGUCAGGAGCGCACUUUAUCUGAUGUACGGCGUGGAAUCUUUUGUUCUGUCCGUUUCAAAAUAAGACCAAACCAACCUAGCUCACUGCAACAAUGACACUAGCUGCAGCACUCCUAUAUUUUGUAUGUUUAUGCCAAACAGUUGUUGUCAAAUGUGGUGCAGACGAUGGGAGUGCACCUUUGAAAAUGUUUGGAGAACUGGAGAAGACUGUCACACUUCCAUGUCAUGACAAGACUGCCAAUGUCACUCCAGCGUUUACACAGUGGACAAAAGAUGGGAGCAUUGUGUCAAAACGAAAUCAUACUUCACAGCCAUUCCCUACAAUUGGUCACUACAUCAUCCUGAACAAUGGGAGCCUGGAUAUAGCUGGAUUAAUGACAAUCGAUGAAGGAUUAUAUGAAUGUUACUGCACAGGAAGGAACGCAAGCAUUGUCCACACUCAUGACGUGAUCCAGUUACAGACUUUCAGUGGUCCAACCAAUGUGACACUGGACAUCUCACCUGCUGGGAAACUCUCCAAUGGAAGUUUGUACGUCCGGAACGGUACUGAUGUUCAUUUCAAGUGCUCCACCCCCUCUGCCUCCACACCAUCCCGGACGUUAACCUGGACUCUUGAAGGCUCCGGGACUCUUAUUUCAGGGACUGAUUCCCUGAUCCAGUUUGAGGAGUGGAGUAUCACACCGGCGAGACAAGGGAAGCAUGUCUGUAUGGCGGAGAAUACCCUAUCUGGGAAGAGAGUGAUGAGCAGUCAAGAGCUGUUGGUAUACUUUCCACCCCAAAGACACCCAGAGUGCAGCUGGAGGACAGAGAACGACUCCUCCAUGGCUAUAUUCGACUGCAGCUGGCAUGGGGGCUACCCACUGCCCCAUCUGCAGUGGGAGGACUUGACCGCAGGGGGCGCUUGGCUGGGCUCUGCCGUCGACAACGAGGUGCUGGAGAUCACGCUGAACAGGAGCCUACUGACGGACGGCAUGGAAAUUCAAUGUCGAGGGAAACACAUCGCAGCGAGUGAAGACAAGAUCUGCCACAUGACCCUGAGGAUUCCAUUUCCUGUGGGAGAGCCGUUGGUUGUGGCGGUUGAGGGCACCAACGUGACAUUGACCUGCACCGAUGACCAAUCAGUCCCUCCUGCCAAGACCGUUUGGCAGAGAACCGUGGAACACAAGGCCAUCGAACAGGGCUCAAAGUACGUCAUGUCUCAAGAGGGUCCCGUCUUCAGCCUGACCAUAGUCAACCUCACCAAAGACGAUGAAGGCACAUACUUCUGCAGAAGUGAGAAUCCUGUCGAUGUCCGUGAACUGGAGGUCUAUCUCACUGUGAAGCCGUCUGUGUCUUAUACUGGUGGGAUUGUUGGCACCUUCUUAUCUGUCAUUAUUCUUGGAGUCGGAAUUGCAGUUGGAAUGGCUGCAUACAACAACCGUCACAAAAUCUGCCUGAGUAAGAAAAAAAAUGAAUUGAAUAUUGAAAGAAAUGACGUGUUGAAUCUGGUGGAUUCGGACGAUGAGGAGAUAUUCCAGGACACAGUGCCCAGGUUACCAGUCGUGCCCAACGGAAAUGGCAACGCCACAACACUGGUCGAGAUUCACCGCAUACCAUCCAGUGACCAUGAAGAACAGGACAACAACAUGGAGGGUUCUCAAGAAAAUCAAGACACUGCUACGGAGACAGCAUAGGGGACUUUGUCAGUUGCUUUUAAAGUUAUGUUAGAUGUUGUAAAUAUUUCUGCCUUUUUAAAGAAAAAAUCGUUUUUAACAUGUCUGAGUUUGAUUGUAUGAAGCUGUUACCCUUGAAAAUGCCAAUUCCUUAAACAUUUUAAAGAAGCCUUUUAGUUGAACUAGCAAUAACUAGAUGGGCAAUGUGCGUGGAAGGGGAAAUCUCAGGAAAGCCUGUUUCAAAAAUAGUAAAUAAGAACAUAGUGCCUUCUGCUGUUUGUGUCAAAAUAGGCCUAGGUGUAAACAUGAAACCUUGUGAACCUACAGGGAAACUGGCCUUAUGAAGUGUGGUCCGAAUUCUGUAUGUUUUUUUCACAAUGUGCCAGUUGCAAUGCUAUGACUGUUGGGUGUGUUUGUAAAAAAAAAAAAAAAAAAGUGAAGAUAAAUAUCAUGUACAUUGAAGUUUUUGUUAUCUUUGCUGAUCUGUAGGCCUAUAUCAGUAGGCCAAUGGCUAUUGUCAUGAAUUUGUCAAGCCAUGGUCAAAGUUCAAUAAAUCUCUCAAUAAAUCCCAUGGCAAGUG